AACCGCUUCGAAAUGGCGAAGUGGGUUCGGUAGAGACAGCCCGAAGAUGAUUUACCACUAAAUAUCUUGACAGGGCAGCUUUUAUUUGCAGCAUGUUCACCUGAACUUGUGGCUGUGGCAAACCAGUACGGACUAGAAAGCCAUACGUUAGAGAGCUAACGUUAGCAUAGUGGCUAUGACACGGAAUUUAGCUGGCUAGGUUACUGUUAGCCAAGUUUACGUUUACGUUAGCUCUUUUGUAACUGAAAAAGUCCUGUCAUCACCAGCAAGGCCAAUUUUCAUCUUGACAAUGGAAGACCAGGAUUUUCUUCUUGCCCUUCAGUUACAAGAGCAAUUCGACAGUGAAGCGUCAGCAUCUACUGAUGAAUAUUUUCAAUUAAGUCAGUCUUCCAGGGAUGUCAUUCCUUACUCGCGUCCAAAGAAUGUGUCGCCCGAGAGACCGAUGUCCAUCGUGGAUGAGUCGUGGGAAACGAUUGACCCAAGCCCUGAUGUGCGAUCGAUGUUCCUUGAAUUUAAUGAUAUGUUUUUUUGGGGAAAGCUCAAUGGAGUGGAAGUCAAAUGGAGCCCUCGAAUGACACUAUGUGCUGGUGUGUGUUCCUACGAAGGAAGGGGCGGCCUGUGCUCCAUCCGUCUCAGUGAGCCACUUUUGAAACUGAGGCCACGUCGAGACCUGGUUCAAACACUUUUACAUGAGAUGAUCCAUGCUCUGCUUUUUGUGACCCAAAACAACCGGGACCGUGAUGGACACGGGCCAGAGUUCUGCAAGCACAUGAAUAGAAUCAACCAAGCCACUGGCACAAAAAUAACAGUCUACCACAGCUUCCAUGAAGAGGUCGAUGUCUACCGUCAGCACUGGUGGCGCUGCAGCGGGCCCUGUCAGAGCCGGAAGCCCUAUUUCGGCUUUGUGAAGAGAGCCAUGAACCGCGCUCCCUCUCCAAGGGACCCCUGGUGGAAUGACCACCAACGCUCGUGUGGGGGCACCUACACGAAGGUUAAAGAGCCAGAGGGCUACGGGAAGAAAGGCAAAAAGGAUAACAACAAGGAUAACAACAAGGACAACAACAAGGACAAGAACAACAAGCCACAGAAAAAUGCCCCAAGUGGGACCAAAACUCCGAGCAGUGCUAUAGCAUCCGGAUCACAGGAUAUUAGAAAUAUCAUUGCAUUCAGUGGGAAAGGCUUUGUGCUUGGAGGAAGCUCACAGUCAUCAAGUUCCAUUCCGAAACUUCCCUGGCAAAGCCCCCCAAGCCCUGCUCACAUUCCUCCCAAACCACAGGUGUCUCCCCGAAGUCAGUCUCCUGAAAUCAAAGAAAUCGGCUAUUGGCAAAGUCAGAGUGGUUCCAAGAGGCCCAGCACCAGCACAGUGACUAAUCCAGUCAAGAAAUCAGUAGCCAAUCAUAAAGCCUUUGUCAACGUCAAUGGCUCACCUGUUCCUGUUGCCAAAUCCAAUGGACUGUCAACCAAGAAGCUAUCAGAUCAUCUUAAGACCAAACUUGCAUUUCAGGACAUCUUUGGUGACGUGACGUCACCUAAAAAGAGCAAUGUUAAUGCUUCAGAAACCACUUUCAAAAGCAGAACGCCAUUCAGUGAUAAUGCUAACACACAGGGUUUAGCCAGCAGCAGUUCCAACUCCAAGGCUGCAACACAGCCAGUCUUACGUGAAAGUCCCUUUGCAUCGAGGCCUUUUGACAGACCACAGACGAGCAACGCAGGAGGGUCCAAACUGGGCUCUGUGGAUCCAUUUAAUCCAAGGUUGCCCAGAAGCCCCCAGAAGUCGGGUGACACAACUUCAGGGUCCAGGAAAAGACCACUGGAUGACGGUACCUCUUCACAAAUUUCCAAAUACUUUAAGCCAUCGUCAUCUGAGAAGAAAACUGAAGCGGAGAGCCAAGUUGCCUCACCAGCUCCCUCUGCAGGGCGAACUGCAGCACCACAGACUGCCCCCAUUAGGAUAGACCAGAUCAUGGUGAACUGCCCUGUGUGUCAAGCCAGAGUGCCUGAAGUAGAAAUCAAUAGCCAUCUAGACUCUUGUCUCUAAGGUUGACACAUUAAACUUGAUUACUAUUACUUGCGUACUCGUUAGACAAAAGAGUUUCAUUUUGCUGCCUUCUUUAUAAAAUCCCCAUAGGAAAGAUCUGUAUUAGAAACCAGAGUUGCAAUGGGAGAAAAGUGUGAAUAUGAACAAUAUGGUGGUUGAGCUGUACCACAGUCAUUUACAAAUAAUGCCUUAUCAUAACAAAAAAAAAGGAGACAAAUUAAAAACCUUGUUCCAAGACUGAGGAUCACCAGCCAAAUGAUCAUGUUCUAUCAGUCAUAUUUCACAAAGCUUUGCAGUAGAGAACACAUGGGUUUCAUGUGAAAGCAGUUAUUGGUCAGUUAACGUUCAGCUGUACUGCCAUCAGUCAUGUUUAGCACAACCCUGCGGAUCUCUGGACCGUUUAGUUGUCCUGCACUUUACAGGGUAUCGCUGACUUUGAGCAGUGAAUCUGCAGGUUCAUAUUAGAAACUGAUUUGCACUCAAAAUUAUUCCACGUAUCACUGAGGAUGUAUUGGUUUUCUAUUCCGCAGUGGACUAGACUGCUUCUCUUUUUUUCAGUCACUGCAGUCUCAGGUUUUGCAGAGGAAGAGCCUGACAUUUUUUGCUGACUGGGUAGUAUUAUAUUUCACUCUUGCGUGCUAUUCGUUUCAACUGGCUUUGAGGAGUCAUCAAGCACAUGGCAAGGUCAGUCUGUAGGGUAUUUCAGUGCUGCCAUCAUCAAGUUGUAGCACUAUGUAACAGCACUAAAUCAGUGAGGAAUGACCGCUUCAGAUUAGGAUGAGGGUUUUUGUGAUGAUGGACAAUGUUUUUGUUGCAUUUGGCAAAGAUGCAUAGUGUGAAGAGUUUCCCUUUAAUACAUUGAUUGUCAAGGGCUUUGACAUAAUAAUAGCUGUUGUUCUGUUGUUUAAGAGACACUUUGGGUAUGAUGAUCUACCUCAUGAGAUUUAUUUUUUUAAUUUGUUUUAAGGAUAAGUAUAUCUGCAAUAAAUAAUGUUUUAUUAUUUUUAAUUGUAUCAGUUCAGUAAACAGCAAUGUAAAGUUACUAAGAGUUUGACAUGUUAUGUGUUUCUGUUCUGUUUGUGUUGUUUUAUAAACAGUAUAAAUAAAUGUUUUACUUAUGUUUGUAUGCA